AUGCCUCCAUACACACACACACACACACACACACACACACACACACACACACACACACACAUACACCCAGGCCAGGAACGCUCCCCUCCUCCAUCCCCCCUGCCUCCCAUCUGGCGGCCCACCCUCACCAACCCUGCGCCCGGCCCAAGGUGGGGACAGACACCUGAGGGGCUGCCAGCUGGGCAUCCUCCACGGGACCUGGGCCCGCCCUCAUGUUUCUUGCCCCUCCUGCCCGCAGGGGACUCGUGGGGGAUGCUAGCUUGCCUGUGUGCUGUGCUCUGGCACCUCCCUGCAGUGCCAGCCCUCAACCGCACGGGGGACCCAGGGCCUGGCCCCUCCAUCCAGAAAACCUACGACCUCACCCGCUACCUGGAACACCAACUCCGCAGCUUGGCUGGGACCUACCUGAACUACCUGGGCCCCCCUUUCAACGAGCCUGACUUCAACCCACCUCGGCUGGGGGCAGAGACCCUGCCCAGGGCCACUGUCAACUUGGAUGUGUGGCGGAGCCUCAAUGACAAACUGCGGCUGACCCAGAACUAUGAGGCCUAUAGCCACCUUCUCUGCUACUUGCGUGGCCUCGACCGCCAGGCUGCCACAGCCGAGCUGCGCCGCAGCCUGGCCCACUUCUGCACCAGCCUUCAGGGCCUGCUGGGCAGCAUCGCGGGCGUCAUGGCAGCUCUGGGCUACCCUCUGCCCCAGCCUCUGCCCGGAACCGAGCCCACCCGGGCCCCCGGCCCUGCCCACAGCGACUUCCUCCAGAAGAUGGACGACUUCUGGCUGCUGAAGGAGCUGCAGACCUGGCUGUGGCGCUCGGCCAAGGAUUUCAACCGGCUCAAGAAGAAGACGCAGCCCCCGCCGGCGGCGGUCACCCUGCACCUGGAAGCCCAUGGCUUCUGAUCUCUGACCUUUACCGCCUCCUCUCUCCUCUCCUCCCUCAAAUCCUGCUCCCACUCUGGGAGGGAGAAACCCAUAUGCCAACAUCUGUUGAGCCAGGAGACAGAAGCCAUGGGCCUCUGGCCCUCUCCGGACUUGGAAGAGGGCAUGAUCCACAGGGCCUAUCCCCUCCCCGCUUUCCAAAGGCCUGCAGGUCUCUUCCACAGGGAGGAGCGCUCCCGGGGGCCGCAGUGGUUCAAGUUGGUGCGAAGGCUCUCACAGCUUCCUGCUUCCUGCCCGGCACUUGCCGGCGCCCACAGGCCCCUCACGCGGCACUUCCAGGAAGCAUGCCCGUAGGCAGGGAGGGGGGCCACCGCAGCAUGUGCCUUUCUGGGGCGGGGGGAGCCCUUUGGCUGCCCCACUCUCCUUGGAUGGGCGUUGUUCCCCUAUCCCCAAAUAGCCCAGUACAUCCAAUUCAGGAAACACACACACGGUGGCAAGUCCAAACGGGAAGAAACGGGAUUUAAAAGCGGAGGAGGUGGGAUCUGCAUUGGAGCUCAUACUAAAAGCAUAGGGGCAGGGACAGAGCGGACCCACGGCUCACCAAGGCAGUCAGUGGCACAGGACGGCAGCCAAAAGGACCUUGCCUUGCAUCUUCUUGCCGGCAUCAUGGUGCCUCCUCUCCACCCACUUUCCAGGGUAUCUGUGGGUUGCCCAGGCUGGGGAGGGCAACCAUAGCCACAGCCACAGGGUUUCCUGAAAGUUUACAUUGCAGUAGCAUUUCGGGGUGCGGGGGGCAGCUCCCCCAGGCCCUGCCCCCCCAGCCUCACCCACUCAUGACUCUAAGUUUGUUGUAUUAAUAUUUAUUUAUUUGGAGAUGUUAUUUAUUAGAUGAUAUUUAUUGCAGAAUUUCUAUUCUUGUAUUAACAAAUAAAAUGCUUGCCCCAGGACUUCA